AUGGAGGAAACUAUUGAUCCAUCGCAGUUUGACCUUAGACGUUGGAACGUUGGAGGUUGGGAGUCAUCUAAACUCAAAACAAAAGCGAAUGGAAAAUGGAUAUACAUAUAUGAUGGCGAUUCUAAACAAUUGAUCAAUUUGCCAGAACCAAUCCAUUUUGAAAAGCGUUAUAUACCACCCAAUUAUUCCAAGCAUGAUCAUUUACCAGUUCAAAGCUUAUUCGAUACACGCACAUUUGAACGAUCGAUCGAAAACCCCUCUACCAGAAAGGCUCCAUUAUCUUUUAGUCAACCAGUUCCCCCUGGAAAGCUUGUUGCGCCUGUUGUUUAUUCGCAAUUUUGUCAAAGCAAAAGAUUGAAUGGAGUCAGAACAGCCAAAUGCUCUCCAAGAAAGAAGUUACUUCAAAGGGCCAGUACCUCAGUUGAAAAACGUUCUUUUUCACAGUCACAAAAAGAUUCAAUCGAUAGUACGUUAUCACCAUUUAUUACUCACUUUGCACCGGCCGAAAUUAUCACAACUCAAUCAGCAACUCUACCACCAAGAAAUAUUUGA